UCUGUCAAUCUCUUGGUCCACACCGCCCUGAAGCCAACGAGGGCUCCCAGCCGGUCGCUACUCCCUGGCCGGGGAGAAAAGUUCCAAGCGAGAGCGGUGGAGGGACCAGGCCCACCAGGGGCUCGACUAGGCCUCGGCAAGCGGACGGUGCGAUGGGCGGAGCUUGCCUCGUUGCGGCCAAUGGGGUCGCUCGAUGCCAACCGUGACGUCAUCGUGCCACCUCUAGAAAGACGCGUGACAGGAAGAGAGACAGAGACACGGGACAAGGAGAGAGACAGAAACACGGGACAGGUUGGGGGAGACGGAGGCACCAUGAAGUGGCUCCUGGUCGCAGCGUUCAUCUCCCUCCUGCCUGUGACGUCGGCUGUGAAUCUGCAGCUCUCCCUGCCGGAGAGUGUGGAUGUGACUGAGGGAGAGAGCGUGACUCUUCCAUGCUCCUUCUCCCCACCGCCGACCAAGUCAAAUGCCCUCCUCAUCAAGUGGGUCAUGAUGCCCACACACUACUCGGAGAAGAUGCCCAAAUGGGAUAUCAUCGAGAUCUACGACUCACAUUCUGGAAAUUCGAGGCCCGGAGUGGCUGAGUUUGUGGGAGACGAGAAGGGUGACUGCUCCUUCAGGAUCCUCAACGUUUCCAGGACCCUCGGCCCCGUGUUUAAGUGCCACGUCUACUGUUACCGCUGUGGGACAGAUGACUGGAAGGUGUUUGGAGAGGUGAAGCUGAACGUGACGGCUGCAGCUCCACGGUCACGCGGGGAGACCUCACCGACACCACGUGUCCACUCCUGGUGGGAGACGGUGAAGCCGGUGGCGGCGGUGGUGACGGUGGCAACGGAGGCGACGGUGGUGACGGUGGUGACGGUGGUGAUUAUGGUGGUGGGCGUGAUCUUGACACCUGUGGCUGUCAUCCUCUUCAUCAAGUUUCACCCUUGGUCGUCUUGGAGCUUCCCCCGCUCAUACAGUGGCGAUGGGAAAGCAGACAUGAACGGUGGUGUGGAGGAGAAUGGGCAUCCACUGAUGAUGGUGAAUGGACACAAGGGGGACAACGGAGACAAAGGCACGGACGCCGUUUGAAGAAAUCUUAUGUGGGCUCCCCCGUGACCACCCUGGCCGUCACGUGGAGCCGCUCUUACCCACAGUGCAAUGCUGGAGUGCAGUGCUGACUGCCUGUGUUUAAUGUUGUCUCAGCCAUAGGCUGGAACAGUUCUGUUGGUCAAGUGACUGAUGUUUCUUGCUUUUUCUGAAGUUUUGAAGAGUGAGCAAGGCGAGCAGGCCACUGUUGUGUAUAUUGUGUUUAAAAAUAAAUGGAUGUUAUUUUAUGAAAUUAUGCAAAUUUAUGAAUGUAUGCAAAUGUGUGCAAUUGUGCUAAUUAGGCUCGAUUAAUAGUUUGUAUUAUGAUCAAUAGGUGUGUGUGUGUAGUUAAGUGUAUUAUGAUUCUUGGCUUGGUUUCGUUGUCUAGGGGUGUAUUACCAAUUGUGAUAAUACAAUGAUUUGGAAGAUCAAAGAAUCGCCCAACUGCGACUGUGGAGAAGUCCAAACCAUCAAGCACAUCACCGAUGAAUGCUCCAUCCAUGCCCAUCCUGGCAGUAUCACUAAAAUCCACACCGCGUCAACCACAUCAUUGGACUGGAAGAGGAACCGUUGCAUUCAUUUAUGACGAUCAUUAAGUAAAAAUAAAAACUGGUGCUUUUCACAAUGCCAUACGAAAGAAGAAGAAUACAAUGAUUCUUGCAUUAACUUUUACUGAUUAUGUUUUAGUGUAAUUACGUCCGGUCUCAGGAUUCAGAUCUCGCCGCAGAAUAUAAUUAAGAUCAUUAUGCAUAAACUUAGGAAGGAACCACUCAGACUCUUCUGCGUUAAGCAACUUUAAUAUCUAAAAACACUCUAGAUGUCCUACUCAUCGAUCCAUACAAUGAACCCUCAAUGAAUUUCGAUUUAAAGCUUUCGUGACUGCAGGGAUUCAUCUUCUUGGUUCUUUCGGUAAAGUCACGUAGAAGGGAAAUAAUAAAAUACAAAAAAUUAAACAUAAUAAAAUAAUUCUCACGACGUUUCGGCCACAACGCAAGCAGCCGUCCUGCUUGCGUUGUCGCCGAAACGUGACUUUACCGAAAGAACCAAGAAGAUGAACCCUCAAUGGUUACAUUUGUUAAAACUGAACAAUAGAACAAUAUGCUAACUCUUCAGAGUAGCGCGACCGUACACAACGAUAGUAAAAGUCCUUUAAAAUGACAGUAUUCAUACGGAAAAGUGCUAAAGAAACAUGUGCCCAAUGGCAAAAGUAGACAU